AUGACUAGUUUUUAUCGUGAUAUUGAAAUGAUAGAUCUUUCUAGAAAAGAACCUGAUCAACAAGAAUUCGAAACUAUAAACCUCGAAACUACAUUUAUUAUUCCAAAAGUUCCUACUAUUGUUGAAUUUUUACCUGUUGAACCGAAAAAUGAAAUAAUACCAUUUGGGGUUUCAAGAGAACAAGAAAUUGAACUUAUGGGAUUUCCCAUAAAUACCAAUAUGGUUUAUGAAGAGCGACGGAAACAAAAAGAAACACGAUAUUGCCAAAAAUCAAGAGCAGAAAUAAUUGUGGAUGAGAUAUUCUCCAGAUUCAUAAGCACAGAUAUUUAUCCACCCGCUGAUCAACAAACUCCAAUGGAAUCCUAUGAAAUGUAGGUUUUUCACUUUUUCGUUUUGAACGUGAAAUCAUAAUCAUACGUCAAUUGUAUGUGAUCAAGCCAGAGAAAAAUACAAUCCGGAAAAGCCCACGAAUUGAAAUAGAUUUUGUGGCUUGGAAGUAUUUGAACUGAUUGUCAAACAACCCUUGACCGAAAACGUUAUCAAUAGUUCAUAAUUUUUUUCCAGGAACAAAAAACAACUGCUGAAUGUCAAAAAUUUCUUAGAAACUAUGAAACAAUAUACUUGUGUUUCCUCCGAAGAACCACAAAAUCACCCCAUAAAGUAA